GGGGCUCAGCGCAGCGGCCACUGCGCGAGGCGACGCUGCAGUUUCGGCUCCAGACAUGCUGCUGCUCAAGAAACAGACGGAAGACAUCAGCAGCGUCUAUGAGAUCCGGGAGAAGCUCGGCUCGGGCGCCUUCUCUGAGGUGGUGCUGGCCCAGGAGCGGGGCUCCUCACACCUUGUCGCCCUCAAGUGCAUCCCCAAGAAGGCCCUUCGAGGCAAGGAGGCCCUGGUGGAGAACGAGAUCGCAGUGCUCCGCAGGGUCAGCCACCCCAACAUCGUGGCUCUGGAGGACGUCCAUGAGAGCCCUUCCCACCUCUACCUGGCCAUGGAGCUGGUGACAGGGGGCGAGCUGUUCGACCGCAUCAUGGAGCGUGGCUCCUACACAGAGAAGGAUGCCAGCCACCUAGUGGGCCAGGUCCUCGGUGCUGUCUCCUACCUGCACAGCUUGGGCAUCGUGCACCGAGACCUCAAGCCUGAAAACCUCCUCUAUGCCACGCCCUUUGAGGACUCCAAAAUCAUGGUCUCCGACUUUGGCCUCUCCAAAAUCCAGGCUGGCAACAUGCUAGGCACCGCCUGUGGGACCCCCGGAUACGUGGCCCCGGAGCUCUUGGAGCAGAAACCCUACGGGAAGGCUGUGGAUGUGUGGGCCCUGGGUGUCAUCUCCUACAUCUUGCUGUGUGGGUACCCCCCUUUCUACGACGAGAGCGAUCCUGAACUCUUCAGCCAGAUCCUGAGGGCCAGCUACGAGUUUGACUCUCCCUUUUGGGAUGACAUCUCAGAAUCAGCCAAAGACUUCAUCCGGCACCUUCUGGAGCGAGACCCCCAGAAGAGGUUCACCUGCCAGCAGGCUUUACAGCAUCUUUGGAUCUCUGGGGAUGCGGCCUUUGACAAGGACAUCCUGGGCUCAGUUAGUGAGCAGAUCCAGAAGAAUUUUGCCCGGACCCACUGGAAGCGAGCGUUCAAUGCCACCUCCUUCCUGCGCCACAUCCGCAAGCUGGGGCAGAGCCCAGAGGGUGAGGAGGCCUCGGAGAGGAGGAUGGCCCGCCACAGCCACCCUGGCCUCCAGUCCGGCCAGCCCCCCAAGUGGUGA